CUUUCAGUGCGUCGUCGUCUUCUUUUCGGUUUAUGGAUUCGUCUUGCGGAGCUAAUCGUAAACGCGAUGGGGAGGAGAAAAGAGAAGACGAUAAAACUUCUCUAAUGGAUGUAAAUCUCAUGGUGGUGCUUCUCUCUCAGCUUUGUACAAAGAACGAGAUUGUUGAGAAAGGUUUCGAGAAAGAGAGAAGAGAUCAUGUUGCACUUGCACACGAGGCUCGUGAAUCUAGAGCACGUGCGAACAAGAGGUUUGUGAAGGAAACAAAGUUGAUGGAGAAGAGGACGCACGUGCUUCAUCCCAUGGCUAAAGAAUUCAGGCAUUACAGGAAAAUGUGAAGGCGCAUUGUGUUAAUUACAAGAAGGCUGAAUAUACAGUUCUGUCAUAUCGUAAUCGAAAUUUUGUUAUUAAACACUAUAUUAAUAUAUUUAUUUAUUGGCGUAAUGAAAAUGUAAGCAAGUAUUCACCUUGUAAACGAUCGAAGAUGUAUCAAAUCUUGUAUCACUAUAGAAGCGAUGCAAAUUCGAUAUCAUCUGCAGCAUCGAUCCUCUUGUUUGUAAUUAUGAGAUAUGAA